UUGCAAAAAACCGCCAAACACCCUCUCCCAAAUUCGCGUUUCCUUCUCCGUCUGAAACUCAGCGAAUCGGUAAUGGAAGCCAAUACAGAGAUAGUUGAAGAUUCCCAAAUGGACGUAGAUCAACCCCGAGACGAUAAAUCGAAGGAGGAGGAAGAUCCUUUUCUCAAUUUCGUCGAUCUAGCAAGAUCGGAGCUAUUAUCGCUCGAAGACGAUUCAAAUCGAGACGAUAUCGAUUCAUCUGGAUAUGGCUGGAGCUGGAUCGUAUCUCACAUUCUCAAAACUUGUAUUGCUUAUUCAAGCGGUGUCACUCCCGCGAUUUUGCUCUCUGAACUCUCUCAGGCAUGGAGUGAGCAACGCAGGGUUGCUGUGCCGAAGAAGAGACUGGAAUUGAUUAACAGUCUUAAGAAAAAUAAUAGAAGGACGAAGCUUCCAAAUACUGUUACGAUUGACUCCAUUUACGAGAAAAAAUUCAUUGCUUUGAACAGUGUUUUGGAAGCUGUUAUUAUCGAUGCUUAUGUACUUCCAGGCACAAACAUCCACAUGCUUACAUUAGGGGAUUAUUGGAGCUCUAAUAUCAUAGAUCUCUACCUUCACCGUAGCAGAUUCUAUGACUUGGCAGGCCUGCCAAGUGGAAUUCUGAAGAAAGGGAGGGAGGUUUUCCUCACAGGCUGCUACCUCCGAACUACCACCGAAAGUUCUGGUCAUCCACGUCUUUUGCCAACAGAAUAUCUCGUGAUUCUAUUGGAUGAGAAUCAGGAUGAUGAUGCAAUGCUGCUAGGAGCUCAGUUUUGUUCAGACUCCUUCUCUUCAAUUUCGCUGGAGGCAGUAAACAGAGGGGCUUCUUAUUCACUUUAUGCUAGGAUUGACAACAUUGAAUCUGCGGAAAUUCGAGGGAAGUUUGGGACCUCACAAAGAAAGCAAAUUACUCUUGUUGAUGGUGAUGGUGUCAAAUUAAAUUUCUUCUUGUGGAGCGAGCAGGCUCUCCUUGCCAAUCUUUUCAGAGUAGGAAGCAUGCUUGCCCUGGACAAACCUUACAUUGCCAGUUCUGUAGAGUGUGAUAUUCAAACAAGCGGGGAAUUUUGCCUUGAAUAUGGAAGUGCAACACAAUUAUAUUUGGUGCCUUAUAUUCAACAUGAGGAACAGGUGUGCUUAACUUUGACACCAAACCGCCAUCAAGGUUCAAGGCAAAAUGGUUCGUAUAAUCCCACUCAGGGUCUCAAGGUUUCUCAAGUGAGCUUGCCUUGUGAUUCUCAGGGUACCAUAGAUUUCAGCAAUUACCCUUUUCGGUCAUUUGUGACCGACCUUCGUGACAAGAUGACUGGCAUCAGCCUCUAUGGUGUUGUUACAGAAAUUAGCAAAGAAGAUAAUACCCAGAAAACUGUUUUUUCUUUAAGAAUCACAGAUACUAGCGGAGAAAUCAGGGUGAAGCUUCAUUUUACCAGACUUUGGUCAUUGGGAAGAGUGAGUCUCGGUCACACGGUAUUUAUAUCUGGCUUGACAUGCACGGCCUUGAAACGUCAAAAACGUCUGGAGUUAUCAUGGUUUGAGGAUGGUACCGGAGCUUCUUUCAUCAAUCUCAGUUGUUUACCAGCAUUGAUCAACUCAUCUUGCCUUUAUAAAGUAUUCCAACUCUCUGAUAUUUCUAACCAGACUUUCUUCGCCCAAGUAUGCCGAGUCUGGCUUGUUCCGAAUCAAUAUUAUUAUGUGAAUACAAGAUUUUCGCAUUCUCUCUGCGGUCACUUUGUCGAUGAGAAAACCAUGGAAUGCAGUUUCUGUCAUAUAAUUGCUGAUGCAGAGGCUGUACGCACUUUCCAUUUGAAAAUUACCCUUGCAGAUAAGAGCGCGAAAGUUUUAGCAUGGUGCACUGGUCAAACUGCCAUGGAUUUGUUGCAGAUAUCUCCCGAGGAAUUUUGUGACCUUCCUGAGGAAGAACAACUGAUGUAUCCCUCGUCGUUAGAAAAUGAAAAGUUUAUGGUUGCAUUGGUAAAUUGUAAGCGGGAAGGCUGUGUGACAUAUGACCUUUUGCCGGACAAUUCAGUUUCGUGGGAAAUCACUCGCGCAUACAAGUAUGAAUAGUUAAUCCUAGAUGCUCCUGGAAUAGACAAAGAGAAGUAGAAUUGCAUUGGAACUUUUAAAUUAAUGUAUUUCAAUUAGGCGACUCAUGAAGAGUCAUCCAUUUUGAGGACUAUCAGUCGGAAAACAUAACUUAACAUGAAGAAACUCCAAAUUGUGUCCAAAGAAGAGGAAAACACUCAUAAGCAAACCAAUCAACCAGUGAAGACAACAGAGCUAUCUUUCUCACCAACGUUUUAUUGGAAGGUAAGAUAUGUAUUGAAAGAAAAGUCAUACUGAUGUUUAGCCAUUUUUGUCUGGGGAAAGUUUGAGUAAAAUUUAAACAAUCUUAAUGUAAAGAAGUACUCCAAAAGCUAAAAUACAUUAGAGUUUCAUUGCUAGAACUUUGGGCCUAUAUUGUACACUCAAAAUCUAAGUAAUGGAACUCGACUUUUCUUUUGAUAAAAGGAGUAUCUGACUUGGAAUCAACAUUGAUAGUCAAUGUAUAAAUAAUUGUUAUCAUUAUUAUAUUUA